GUGGACAAGGAAAGGGUUAAAUUUGGUGGCGCUCUUUCUCCCUUGAAUCCUGCCAGCCCAGUGAAAAAGAAAGAAAAGAAAAGGGAAAAAAAGCGACUGCUCCAGCGUCAUGUACGGAGGACGUUGUCGGGAUUUUCGGGGGCGAUCAGCUGUAACGACAUGCACGUUAUGAGCACCAAACAUCCGAAAUUAUGGAAGGGAACAGUAUCGUGCACAACCCUUUAGCGCAAUAGACGUUACGAUCUGUCGAGAAGACAUCCUUCAUCUUUCUUUCCUUUAACUUCCAAUAAUGCGUCGCACGGAUAUCAGCAGGUCUGUCGUGAUUGUGCUCUGCCUGUUAGGAUGCAAUAUCUGCAAAGCUCUGACUAAAGCUUUGCAAGAAGACAGCCGUGCCAAAGAGGUGGCACUAAAGGUUCACCUGAGUGAUGCCAGCACUCACCAGCCGCUCUCGGGCGUCACCGUGGAGAUCUUCGCCAACCACACCCCUGUUGCCAAGGAGAUCUCUGGCGAGGAUGGCAACAUAUUCAUCAGGAUCCACUAUCGCCUGGGCGACCUGCUUGUAGUCACAGCGACCAGGCGUGGCUACGUGCCCAGUUCCUCUCCAUGGCGACCAGCCAGACUACCCGUGUUCUCGUCUCUCAGCCUCGAUCUGCUCCCUGAGAGAACUGCUACUCUGAUGGUGUACGAUGACAUAGUUCAAAUCGUCGCCGGAUACCAAGGAUCAAGACAGCAGCCCUGGGUUCAGUUCCCGAGACGAGCUCUCCAUCUUCCACCCAACACCACCUACACCAACCUGACAGCGUUACUGACUGUGAGCCACUCAGGCCAAGACACACAGCGCUUCCCCUACCUGCAGAGCCUUCCCUCGAAUGGCAGUGACUGGUUUGAGCUGACCCCAAUAGCUGCUAUUAGCGUCCACCUUCUGGGUAGCGAUGGGGUGGAGCUUCACGUCAACGAGCCAGUCAGCGUGAGUGUUCCGCUCCCUGCAAAUAGCGGCUUGGACGAGAAUGACCACGUUCCUGCCUGGAGGUUUGAUCCCAAACUUGGGGCCUGGCUGAAGAUCAGUCUGGGUAAUGUGCAUAGGGAUGGAGCUGCGCUCACACUGACAUACAUCGCCCCUCAGCUGGGAUACUGGGUGGCAGCCAUGUCUCCUAUAAACACAGGUCCGGUGGUUGCUAAGGACAUCAGCACGUACCACACUGUGUUUCUACUGGCCAUAUUGGGAGGCAUGGCCAUCAUCCUCCUCUUCCUCCUCUGUCUUCUGCUUUAUUACUGCAGGAGGAAGUGCGUGCGCUCUCGCCGAACUCACCAGAAGUUUGCAUUGUCCUCAUCUCUGGAUGGCUCCAAGCGUGACCAGGCCACGUCCAUGUCCCACCUGAACCUCAUCAGCGAGACCCGCCUAGACCACGUGGGGGCGGAGCCAGACCUGCACACACCCAUGCUCAAGACCGGUCAUUACGACACGUCCACCAAUGAGCUGCUGACAUCCCAAGACGAGCUGCAGAGCCGCGCGUCGGACGGGGAGCGCCACCGUCGCUCGGCGGAAACGUUCGGGCUGAGGUCGGCCCGUUCCACCGGGCCCUCCGAGGGGUUUGAUUCGCCAGCGCAGCGCGGCGAUUAUCGCCGCAGCUACAGCUCAACCAUCUCCUCGUCCCCCCACCCCCUCCGCACCUCCGUCCCGCCCUCGAACCCCCACCUGCUGCACCACGCCGCGUCGGCCGGACGCCUCUCCUCUGACAGCAGGGCCGGCGAGCUCCGCCUCUCGCCGGCCGCGGCCACGCCCGUGACCCCCGCCGCCUCCCCCUGCAGGGACAGGGAGACGAUUCUGGAGCGCCGCCCGGCCGACUACCUGCUCUCGCGCUCCGUCGACCACCUGGAGCGGCCGGCCGCUCUCCCCCGCCCCGGGGCCCUGCUCUGCUGCACCUCUGAGCUCCAGGUAAGCCAGGGCGAAGCCACCUAUCAGAAAGCUCGCCCCACGCUCCUCAUCCCCGCCCACUACAUACGGCUGCCUGGGACUCACCCCCUCUCAGGCCAGGCGCUGCUGCUGCAGUCGGAUGAGCAGAGCGAGCUGGAAAGCAUACAGGCGGAGCUCAACGCGUCCCGUAAGCCCCAGGGGGAGGCGGGGCAAGGCGACGGUGGGGGCGGCCUGGGGGAGGGCCGAGAGGGCGAGGCGGGGGCGAGGCCGGCGGAGGAGUGGACCCUGCAGACCGCAGCCCUGCCCGAGGCCUUGUCCAUCCCCAACUCCCUCAGCCAGGCGGGGCUAGGGGUGGUACAGAUGAACGGGGAAGAUCAGCUAUUGGCGGAAAAGACACUGAUGGAGCUGAGGGGAGGGAAGCCCCUCCCACACCCGCGAGCCUGGUUUGUGUCGCUGGACGGGCGCUCCAACGCGCACAUCCGUCACUCUUACAUCGACCUGCAGAGGGCAGGGCACAGCGCCAGCAGCGCAUGGAGCAACGACGCCAGCCUGGACUCGGGCGUGGACGUGAGCGACGUCACCCCGGGUCGCAGGGCUCGCAACCUGAGCAAAGGGCAAGAAAGAGCCCGGCCCGCCGCGCCCCCGGCGGCGUACACGCAGCUCGUAUUCGUGGAGGGCGCCAAAGCCGGCAGAAACGCCGACGCCAAAGGCGCCGGAAACGCCGACGCCAAAGCCGGCGGAAACGCCGACACUAACGCCAAAGCCGGCGGAAACGCCGACGCCUCCGGGCCGGAAGACGGCUCGCUGGGAUGCCUCCUAACCAGCGCGGUAAGAGAGGAGGCAGAGGAGGAGAGUUUAACGCCUCCGUCGCCCCCCGGGCCCUCGGUGAAGGGGGACGGGGUGCAGCGGGGGGGCCAAGACCAGACACUCAGGACUGAACGCGCUCAAACUGGCCCGCCGCUCUCCCCGAGCGACGGCGGGCAGGGCGACAUGGCGCCGCCUGACGACAGCGGCGAGGACGAGAACAAAAAGAGCCCGUGGCAGAAGCGCGAGGAGCGACCACUACUUGCCUUUAAUCUCAAAUGAACCCCUGACAUUUGACCUCUUCUCCUGCGGUCCCAUCUUCAUCGCAGGAACAGCCUUUUAGCGGCAGACUUUCGGUCGGUAUGUGACCGGGGGCGGGGGGGCGUUUGAGUUUAUUUUUCUUCAUACUUGACUACGAGAAGUGGAACUGUCCUGAGGUCAGUCUCAUACUGGAAUAUUUUACAGCUGCACUUCCAAGAUUAUAAUCCAGGACUUUGCUUAUGUAUGAACAAACUGAAUUCCGAGAGCAAAAGAAAAUGGCACUCCUUAUGAACCACUUAUGCACAGAAGCUAUGCCAUUGGGUUCUUUUUUUAAUUUGGUUGUUGUUUUUGUUUUAAUUUUUUUAUUCUUUGAAUGAACUGAGCAAAAAAAAAAAAAAAAGCCAUUAUAUGAAGGUGAGAUGUCUAGCUUUAUGAACCAUUGCUGCUGUUCAGGUAAGCAAUACAAUCUCCAGGGUGGUCACGUCUCCAGGACGGUCGAAUUAGGCCCCUGUAGCUUUUAACAGGGACUGCUCUCCCUUGUUGCUCUGCUCCCUCAGCGAGCACUUGCGCAAAAUCACUUACUCAUAUCCUAGUGGGGCGUCUUCCAUGUUACAAUCCAGACUUGAUAAUCAUUUGGGAAAGCUGGUGCCUUCGAUCUACAGCUCGUCUCGUCGCGUUUCCUACUCUGUCCACCGGGGGAGGCUGAGCGCAGCCUGUGCCAGCCGGCGGGCCCCUUGCUGUGGGUUCAGUCAGCGGUGCCCCCGUGACUCCACUGAUACGCCCCCCCCGGCCGCUCAGCCGAGCCCCAUAGCUAUGCAUCGCUUUGAUACUGAAGAUUUGAAAGCUCUAUAUGCCUUUUUGAUGUUUCAUUCACUACUCUGUGCCGUUAAAUGCAAUAUUUUAGCGAACGUUUUAUUCGACAAAAGUAGUUUGGUUUUGUUUGUUGUUUUUUUUUCUCUUCGCUUGGUCUUCGUGUAAGAAUGAUGAGCGCGCACACAUCCGCACGCGCACAUACACACAAGCAGCUGAACGUCCCUGCUUUCCCAACCCAGGCCGCAGUGACCGUCUAAAGUGCCUCAUGCACACGCGCUGAUUUCACUCACCUGGUCUACACACCUUUGCGUUUCAUUUUUAUGAUAUAUAUAUGUGUGUAUGUGUGUGUGUGUGUGCAUGAUGUGUAUCUGCUGGUGCCUGUGUGUUUCUCUGCUUGUAUGCGUGUACGUUCUCACUAGGCUGUGCGUUUAAAGCAUUUGUCUGACCUUUUGGGAGUAAUUCUGUAUGUCUUUUGUAGACAUGCUCCAGCUGUUUGUAGCUCUUGUCAGACGAGAUGUGCUGUAAUGGAGUUGUAUGAUCGUGAAAGUGACUGUGAGCGGUAGCUAUGGUAAUAACCACUUUGGAAUCAGUACCUGAUUCACCCCCAGCCGCACUAUUUUGAAUGUUUGGGCUGAUCGCUUGUAUUAUAAUUGAUACCUAUUAUCCAUAAUAAAGUGGGGAAAAAAAGCAAAGUUAUUGAAACUGAGUGGUGUUUGGGAUUUUGAUUUUGUAAGAGUCCUUUUGGAUGUCCUGAUCCCAUCUUUGUGAAAGCAGUUUAAGAUUAUGGGCUUUCUCAUAGUCAUUGCCUGUCAUUUUCUUCACAACCUGUUCUCCGAAAUGCACACAGAUCGGUUUCUAGGGUGACCGCACUGGGCACUGGCAACUUGUUUUGAAAAUUUCUGCUUUUGACUGUAACACUCCUGUGCACAAAUACUCUUUUUCUCUUCUCUUUUAGAAAUCUCUCUAUCUCUCUCUCUCUCUCUCUUUCUCU